AUGAGUGAUCUUCCCAUCGAAUUUACUGAAUUGGUAGAUCUAACAUCACUAGGUAUCUCCCCUCAAUACCUAGAUUUCAGAUCUACCACUUUCGAAUCCGAUCAUUUCGUCACCGUUAGAGAGUCCUCCAACGGUACAAACACGGUGGCAAUUGUCGAUUUGACAAACGGCAAUGAGGUCACAAGGAAAAAUAUGGGUGGUGACUCUGCCAUCAUGCAUCCUUCACAAAAAGUUAUCUCUGUUAGAGCUAACGGAACCAUCGUUCAAAUCUUCAACUUGGAUACUAAGUCCAAAUUGAAAUCUUUCCAAUUGGAUGAACCAGUUAUUUUCUGGAAAUGGUUGAGCGAAGACGUGUUAGGAUUCAUCACUGCUAACUCACUUUACGUCUCCAAUGUGUUUGAUGGAAACGUUUCUGCUAAGCCAGCCAAAAUUACUGAUAGACACGUUAACUUAAACAACACCCAAAUUAUCAACUUUGUCGCCAAUGAAAAAAUGGACUGGUUCGCUGUCGUUGGUAUCAUUCAAGAAAAUGGUAAAAUUGCUGGUAAAAUUCAAUUGUUUUCGAAAACUAGAGGCAUCUCGCAAGCCAUUGAUGGUCACGUAGCUAUCUUCUCCAAAAUUCUUUUGGAUGGUAACACGGAACCCGUUCAAGUCUUCGUUACAGGUAACAGAAACGUCAACACAGGCGCUGGCGAAUUGCGUAUAAUUGAAAUCGAUCCACCUCAAGACCAGUCAGUAAGAUACCAGAAAAAAAUUGUAGAUAUAUUCUUUCCAGCUGAUGCAGUUAACGAUUUCCCAAUUUCUGUUCAAGUCUCUGAGAAGUACGGCAUCAUUUAUGUUUUGACCAAGUACGGUUUUAUCCAUUUAUAUGAGUUAGAGACUGGUUCAAACUUGUUCGUCAAUAGAAUCACUGCGGACUCUGUCUUUACUGCAACAUACUACAACCACAAGAAUGGUAUCGCAUGUAUCAACAAAAAGGGUAACGUUUUGGCUGUUGAAAUUGAUACUACUCAAAUAGUUCCUUACGUUUUGAAUAAGUUGUCCAAUGUAUCCCUCGCAUUGACAAUGGCUUCGAGAGGUGGACUACCAGGUGCUGAUGAUUUAUUCGAGAAGCAAUUCGACAACCUUUUAUCACAAGGCGAUUACAGCAAUGCUGCUAAAGUUGCUGCGUCAUCCCAGCAAUUAAGAACUCAAGCUACAAUUAACAAGUUGAAAAAUAUCCAGGCACCUCCAGGAUCAAUCUCUCCAAUUUUACUAUAUUUCUCCACAUUGUUGGAUAAGGGCAAACUAAAUCAAUAUGAGUCUAUUGAAUUGACAAGACCACUUCUACAACAAAAUAGAAAUCAAUUAUACGAAAAGUACUUAAAGGAAGACAAAUUACAAUGCUCUGAAGAAUUAGGUGACAUCGUGAAGCCAUUUGAUACUACUUUGGCUUUGGCAACCUAUUUGAAGGCGGAAGUACAUCCAAAGGUAAUUGCAUGUCUUGCAGAAUUGCAACAGUUCGAUAAGAUUUUACCAUACUCCGCCAAGGUGGGAUACAAUCCAAACUUCGUUGUUUUGAUUUCUAACCUAUUAAGAACUAACCCCGACAAAGCAAGUGAGUUUGCCAUCAGUUUAUUAUCUAACCCUGAAACUGCUUCUCAACUUGAAGUUGAAAAGAUUGCCGACAUAUUCUUCAGUCAGAAUUACAUUCAACAAGGUACUUCUUUCUUACUUGACGCUUUAAGAUCAAAUACUCCUGAUCAAGGACAUUUGCAAACGAGAGUAUUGGAAAUCAACUUAUUAAAUGCCCCUCAAGUUGCUGAUGCUAUUUUGGGUAAUGACAUUUUCUCUUAUUAUGAUAAGCCAACUAUUGCAGGUUUGGCAGAAAAGGCAGGUUUAUACCAAAGGGCCUUGGAAAACUACUCUGAUAUUAAGGAUAUCAAGAGAUGUAUUGUCCAUACUUCCUCCAUUCCAGCUGAUUGGUUAGUGGACUUCUUCGGUAAGUUGAAUGUCGAACAAUCACUCGCCUGUUUGAAGACCUUGUUAGAUGAUAAUUUGGAAGCAAAUCUUCAAAUUGUCAUUCAAGUUGCAACCAAGUUCUCGGAUUUGAUUGGUUCUCAAGUAUUAAUCAAACUCUUCGAAGAUUAUAGAUCAAACGAAGGUUUAUAUUACUACUUGGCUUCUUUAGUAAACUUGACUACCGAUAAGGAAGUUGUUUUCAAGUAUAUUCAAGCUGCUGUCAAAGCUGGUCACUUCCAAGAAGUUGAAAGAAUUGUAAGGGAAAACAACGUUUAUGACCCAGAGAAGGUCAAGAAUUUCUUGAAAGAUGCCCAACUACAAGAUCAAAUGCCUUUGGUUGUUGUUUGCGAUCGUUUCAACAUGGUGCAUGACUUGGUUUUAUACUUGUACAGAACCAAAAACUUCAAAUUUAUCGAAGUGUACGUGCAACAAGUUAAUCCUUCUAAAACUGCUCAAGUUGUGGCAGGUUUAUUGGAUGUUGAUUGUGACGAGAAAGUUAUCACCUCAUUGUUAGAUACUGUCGUCGGUCAAGUUCCUAUCGAUGAAUUGACUGCUGAAGUCGAGAAGAGAAACAGAUUGAAGUUACUAUUACCAUUCCUCGAAAAGACUUUACAAUCUGGGACUCAAAAUCAGUCUGUCUACAACACCUUAGCUAAGAUCUACAUUGACUCAAACAACUCACCUGAAAAGUUCUUGAAGGAGAAUGAUCAAUAUGAUACUUUGAAUGUUGGUCGCUAUUGUGAAAAGAGGGACCCUUACUUGGCGUACAUCGCCUACGAGAAAGGACAAAACGAUGAUGAUUUGAUUAGAAUCACAAACGAAAAUAGUAUGUACAAAUAUCAGGCCAGAUAUUUGUUGGCUCGUUCAAACUCUGAUUUGUGGAACAUUGUGUUGUCUCCUGACAAUAUCCAUAGACGUCAAUUGGUUGAUGCUGUCAUUAGCGUUGGCAUUCCUGAGCUUACUGAUCCAGAACCAGUGUCUUUGACUGUGCAGGCUUUUAUGUCUAACGGAUUAAAGACGGAGUUAAUUGAAUUGUUAGAGAAGAUUAUCCUAGAGCCAUCUCCUUUCAAUGACAAUCCUGCUUUGCAAGGUUUAUUGCUUCUCUCUGCUAUUAGAUAUGAACCUAACAAGGUAAGUGGCUUAAUUGAGAAAUUAGAUCAUUAUGAUGUUGAUGAAAUUGCACCAUUGUGUAUUGAAAAUGAAUUAAAUGAAGAAGCCUUCGAAAUUUAUGAUAAACAUGGGAAACAUGACAAAGCAUUGAAAGUUAUAGUCGAAGAUCUUUUGAUGUUAGACAGAGCAGAAUCAUAUGCCGACAAAAUCAACACACCAGAGCUAUGGUCUCAACUUGGUACUGCAGAAUUAAAUGCAUUACGUAUCCCAGAAGCUAUUGACUCUUACAUCAAGGCUAAAGAUCCUUCGAACUUCAUGAACGUUAUCAAGGCUGCCGAAGACGCUGGUAAAUUUGAAGAGCUUGUCCCAUAUUUGUUGAUGGCUAGAGAAUCUUUGAAGGAACCGGUAAUCGACGGAGCAUUAAUCUUGGCAUACGCUGAAUUGAGUAAGUUGAAUGAAAUUGAAAACUUGUUGUCAGUCUCUACCGUUGCUAACCUAGAAGAAGUUGGUGAUAAGUUAUCCCAGCAUAAUGAUUACAAAGCUGCCAAAUUAUGUUACUCUUCUAUUUCUAACUACUCUAAGUUGGCUAGCACUUUAGUUUAUUUGGGUGAUUAUCAAAAUGCUGUCGAUACCGCCAGAAAAGCUUCCAAUGUUAAGGUGUGGAGACAGGUUAACGACGCAUGUAUUUCCAAUAAAGAAUUUAGAUUGGCUCAAAUCUGUGGUUUGAAUUUGGUUGUUCAUGCCGAGGAGUUAGACGAAUUGGUUGCUGUAUAUGAGCACAACGGGUAUUUCGAGGAGCUAAUUUCCCUAUUCGAAGCAGGUUUAGGUUUGGAAAGAGCUCAUAUGGGUAUGUUUACUGAAUUGGCAAUCCUUUACACUAAGUACAAUCCAUCCAAGACUUAUGAACACCUAAAGCUAUUCUGGUCUCGUAUUAACAUUCCAAAAGUCAUAAGGGCUGUAGAGGAUGCUCAUUUAUGGCCAGAAUUGAUCUUUUUGUAUGCACACUACGAUGAAUGGGAUAAUGCUGCUUUAACGAUGAUUGAAAAGUCUGCCUAUAACUUUGACCAUUCGUACUUCAAAGAAAUCAUUGUUAAAGUGUCAAACUUGGAAAUUUACUACAAAGCAAUCAACUUUUAUGUGAAGGAACACCCUUCACUACUUGUUGAUUUAUUAACCGUGUUGAUUCCAAGAUUAGACAUUCCAAGAACUGUUAGAAUUUUCUCCAAAUCUGACAAUCUACCAUUGAUUAAACCAUUCUUAAUUAAUGUCUUGCCAAAAAACAACUCCGUAGUUAAUCAGGCUUAUCACGAUUUGAUGAUCGAAGAGGUUGAUUACAAAGCUCUUCAAGACGCUGUUAGCUCGUAUGAUAAGUUUGAUCAACUAGAGUUGGCCACCCGUUUGGAAAAUCAUGAGAUAAUUUUCUUCAAGAUUAUUGCUGCCGAAUUGUACCGUAGAAACAAAAAGUGGGCCAAGAGUUUGGCUAUCUUCAAGGGCGAACAGCUCUGGAAACAUGCUAUUGAAACUGCUGCAAUUUCACAAAGUCAACAGAUCGCCGAAGACCUAUUAUCAUUCUUCAUUGAAACCGACAACAAAGAAGGAUUUAUCGCUUUACUAUAUUCUUGUUACCACUUGAUUACAUACGAUACUGUCCUUGAACAAGCUUGGUUGAAUAACUUGGAAACAUUUAUUAAACCAUAUGAAAUUUCUGUGAAGAAGGAGCAAAAUGAUGCGAUCAAGCAAUUAAGUUCCGAGUUUGCAUCAAAGGCAAAAGUAGGCUCUAACUCCGAUGACCAGCCAUUACUUUUGACAAAUGGCGCGAUUGGCUCACAGGCAACUGGGUUUUCUAACUACUGA